CUCCCGGACCCACACUCCAGUGACCCAAAAUGCCUUUCCAUGGCGAAAAGCAGUGUAUGGGCGAGGACCAGCCGAGUGACUCCGACUCAUCCCAGUUCUCCGAAAGCAUGGCUUCCCUCAGUGACUGCGAGUGCUCCAGGCAGAGUUUUACCAGCGACUCCUCCAGCAAAUCCAGCUCUCCUACAUCACCAAGCCCUCCCAGGGUGCUCACAUACGAUGAAGUAAUGGCCGUGGCGGGGAACUUGUUAGAUUUGAAUCUUGCUCAUGAAAUUGCUGUCAAUGAGAACUUCGAAGUGAAACAAACUCCCAUCCCUGAGAACAGCCUGUUUGGUCAAGUGAAGCACAUCGUCCACCAGGCCUUUUGGGACCUGUUGGAGUCAGAACUGAAUGCCGAGCCUCCCAAAUACGAAUAUGCCAUCAAACUGUUUGAAGAAAUCAGAGAGAUCCUCCUCUCGUUCCUGAUUAAUGGCGGCAACCGCCUUCGUGACCAGAUCUGUGAAGUUUUGGACACGGACCUCAUCAGGCAGCAAGCCGAGCACAGCGCCGUGGACAUCCAAGGCCUGGCCAACUACAUCAUCAGUACGAUGGGAAAGCUGUGUGCCCCCGUGCGGGAUGACGACAUCCGGGAGCUGAAGGUCACCGGCAAUAUCGUGGAGGUGCUGCGGCAAAUAUUUCACGUUCUGGACCUCAUGAAACUGGAUAUGGUCAAUUUCACAAUUCGGAGUAUUAGACCCCAUCUUCAAUACCAGUUGGUGGAUUAUGAGAGGACCAAGUUCCAGGAAAUUUUAGAAGAAACUCCAGGUGCUCUUAAAUAUACUACAGAGUGGAUAAAAGAAUCUCUCCAAGAAUUGCUCGCUCUCUCUGAGACUGCAUUAACCCCUGGAGUGGAAAAAACUACCAAACAGAGUGUCAGCCCUACAUCGGUGCUCAAUAACAGUUACUUGAAACUAUUACAGUGGGAUUGUCAGAAAAAAGUAUUUCCAGAGCCUUUCGUGGCUGCCCCCUCCUACAUGCUGCUGAUGGGUAAUGUGGUUACUAGGAGGACGGGCUUUGGGGUCAGACAAGCCGGGGUCUCAGCCCCAGGCACCUUUAACUUGAAAGAAGCCUUGAAUUCUAUCGGUGUUCAGACGUGUGUUGAGGUUAACAAGACCUUGAAGGAGAGAGGCUUACCUACUCUAAAUGCUGAGAUUCAAGCUAAUCUUCUAGGUCAAUUUUCAAGUAUUGAAGAGGAGGGCAAUCCUAUCUGGUCUUUGAUUGAUAAACGCAUCCAGCUGUACAUGAAAAGUGUCCUUUGUCUUCCAAGCCCUCAAAAAUGCAUGCCUCCCAUGCCCGGAGGCCUUGCCGUCAUCCAGCAGGAGCUAGAAGUGCUAGGCUCUCAGUACGCAAACAUUGUGAACCUCAACAAACAAGUAUAUGGACCAUUUUAUGCAAAUAUACUUCGAAAGCUGCUGUUCGGUGAGGAAGCCUUGGAGAAGGCAGACACUUCCUCUUCGGGGAACUAAAGAGGAACUGACAUUGACCCCGAGGCUGGGAACCCGGCGCUUCAGGACAGGCUGUCCCAUCGCUGCAGCUCAGACGUGGCAGCCGCAGCCCUGUGGUGGUGCAGCCCAAGUCUGUGUGAGCCAGUACCAUUUGCAUUACACAAGCCAAGCACAUGCUAUCAGCCCUAUUUCUGCGUCGUUUUCGAGGUCAAAAAUGGCAUUUAGUGGACAGAGAGCAAUUUGUACUUAAUUAUCUACAUAAUACUUAUAAAUGUUUUCUUAUGCACUUAUGUAUCUCACUUAUUCCUUCAACCUUUAAAGAGUUGUAUUUCCUCACUUGUUCCUUUCACAUCUAAUCAUCUUUGGUUUUGAUACAACUUCUUAAAGGGCUGAAAGCUGUGAGAUUAACUAAGGGGAUGACUGUCCUGAAUUAGAUGGUGUGACAUAAGCAUAAUUUUGUUUGAAAUGUACAAUGAAAUUUUAUUAUGGUGUGACGCACAUUAUAAGUCCUCAUUCAAAGAUGUACUCAAUCAUAUUUUAUAAUACCAAGGGCCAGUGUUUAGAAUUUUUUAAUGUACUAGGUACAUUUAAAACUAUAUGCAAAAUUUAGAUAAAACCUCCCUGUUCAUUUAAUGAAAUUAGAAACAGAUCCCUUCUAGAAUUUUAUUCUAGAGAAUGAUUUCUUUAUGCACCUUAACCUGCUCACCAAGAGAAACAAUUUUUACACACAUCUCUGAGUGAAUUUCUCAGGCCAUUAAUAAAGUUUUUAAGAGAUUUUUAAAUAUUUUAUGUAAACAGGCAGGACUGGUUUGUAUGGUUUAGUUGUAAGAUGGGAAGGUAAUGAUAACUUGAGGGCCCCAGGAGAUCCCUGUUCUCAGUGAAGUUCACAUCUGAAAAAGAGACAGACUCUGACAUCUUUAAGCAUAUAAGUUAACAGCAAAUGCAUUCUGUGCUGAUUAAAUUCUUACCCUGCUGUGACCACGUUGCUUUCCUGAAUGUCCUCGUGAUUUGCCAUUCUUGAGUAUUAAAUCUAACUCCACCAAGCUGGUGUUGGUUGUUAUGGAAACUUAGAGAAACCUGCUUCACCUCGAAUUGUGUGUCUUCUGAAGUGUUAAGAGAAGCACUACAAUUUGGUGGACAAUUUGGUCUAGAAAGUGCUUUAUGUGAACAAUAAUUUCCGUUGUUUUCUAAGGACGCAUUGAACUUUAGUUUGGUGGGGAGGGGUGGGGAAGUGGAAGGAGUAUUUCUUCCUUCCUGCCUCUUUUCCUUGCCACGCCCUUCACCAUGAUGGUGCUACUCAAUUGUUUGAUAGUGCUAGGAAAGGAUUAUACAGAUCAAAUAUCUGCAAUCUUCACAUUUUGGAGGCUUUGCCAAAACUUGAGGAAACUGCAAGUCCACUCUUUUCCACAGUGACUCACACCUAAUACAUUUUGCCACUCUUGAGCCACUGUGUGUGAGAGGCAUUAAACAAAGAGCACUAGAUCUCCCCACUUUUUCCUCUUCUUGUAUUUCUGUCUUUUGCAUGUUUUCCUGUGCUUAGGAAUCUUAAGGUACUGAAGGUUUUUGCUUUCUUCUUCUCUUUAAUUGAAGUCAUUUCCAGCUACCUUUACCUUGGGGGCCACAGAGGACAGGGAGGGGCUGACGUCAAAAAGUAACGUGUAGCCUGGCUUCUUGUUGCUUCUGAGGGGACCCAGACGCUUAACAGGAUUACCAGAUAGUAGUGGCUUCCCAUUAUCAGCUUGGAAUCCGGCUGGCAUACAAACAGAAUCGAUCACACUGAGCUGCCAACAGGAAAACAAUGUCUAAACCUUUAAUUUUUAAUGAAGGGCAUUCUGCUUUUUUAUUUUUUUUUUGAAGUGACAAAAUAAAUCUCAAUGUCUCAAGUCUGGAGUUAGGCAACUACAUUUAUAAGAUUUUAAACUCAUAUCCCUUAGCAUGUUUAUUUCAUUUUCUCUAAAUGUUUACUUCUACUUUUGAGGUUUUCUUAACAUGGUCUUGUUUUGUAAUGUCAAUUUUAAUAAAUAUCAUAAAUACAUUUGCUUUCUGCUAAAAAAUGUAUUAUCUCUACUGGGGAAAAUUUAAAACUCAUGUCAAGAUAGCCAUUGUCUAAACCACCUUUGGGUAGCUUGGUGCCACAGUCUUGUACAGUCUUCACUGUACUUGUUCUAGAAUGAUUCUUCUGUGGAUCAUCAGAGCCUGACAGACAUCAGGUCCUGCUCAUUCAUUCAAUCAACAAACAUUUACUGAGCAUGUACUAUGUGGACCCUAGGUCUUGUGAUGCUCACAUGACUGAACGCGGUCUUCAAAAAGUUCAUGACCUGGUAAGGAGGACAAACUUAUAAACAAUGACAGUGUA